AUGGUGAAAGGCAAUCAGACCGUAAUCGAGGAGUUCAACGACAUCGUCAACAUGUCGGCCUCGGACCUCGAGGCCUGGCUCAAGGAGAGCUCCUCCCAGGACGCGGGCUGGAGCAAGGGCGACGAGUCGGGCGAGACGAUUGGGCAUGAGAGGCACGCAAGCUGGCGGGCGGGCGGGGUUUUCCCCAUUUCCCCCGUUUUCCUUCAUGCUGCCGGCCGCAAGAUCAUCGAGAUCCUCAAGAAGAACCCGGACAAGGACCCGUCGCUGUACGACCACGACGACAUCGACCACAUGCGCCGCGUGGUCGCGUACUGCAAGCGCCACCUCGCGCAGGAGGGCAAGGCCAAGCAGGGCCCAGAGAGCAAGAGCUCGCGGAGCCUGAAGAACUGGGGGCAUGAUCCGCAGAAGGCUUGA